GGAGAUCAACAUUGCUAAGGUUAUUUGUGGAGAGCAGUUUCUACAGCUCUUCUGGCUUUCGAAUCCAAUGUCCACAUGAUGUCUUCGACGAUCUUCCGACCAUGGUGCCGUGACUGCACAUCUUUCAGUUGGCACAGACAACCUUGGAAAAAAGGAGAUCGAGGGCGGCUUUAGGCUGUAUUCAGGAGUAGAGUUUGUGUGUUUCUUGUGCUGGUCCAGCAAGCAAUUAGCUUGAGAGUGCAUUACCCUGUGGUGCUGGGCCUAUCGUUUUUGUUUGGAAAGAGUCAAUAAUACAGCAUGAAGCCAGUUAUUGUCACACUGAUCGCACUGCUUUUGGCACUUCCAGCAUGCGCCUUGGAAUGUGCCAUUGGGUGGGGCAAGGAAGGCGGAAGUGCCAUGCAUACAGUAUCAGAUGAUCAAAUUGACGAUGGUUACUGCGAUUGUCCUCUCGAUGGUGCCGAUGAACCCCACACCAAUGCCUGCUCAGGAUCCACCAUGGGCGCCUUUACGGGGGUUCCAGCAGUGACGGAGUUUAGCAAAACGUACCAAUGUCCACAACAGAAAAAGCUGCAAAUCCCCUACUCGCGCUUCCACGAUGGCAUUUGCGAUUGCUGCGAUGGGUCGGACGAAUUGCCCUCUGUUUGUCCCGAUAUCUGUGAUCAAGUGCUGGCCGAAGAACGAGCCUUGCAACAACGAAUGGCCAAGGAAUUCGCUAUUGGUCAAAACAAGCGACAAAAAGAGAUUGAAGCCUUCCAAUUGGUUCUUCAAGAAAAGCAAGCCGAAAAGGAAAAAGUAGACCAACGGCUAGAACAAAUCCAGGAGCAAUUGGGUGAAGUGGAAUCAGAAAUCGACCAGGUCAAGCAUGAAUUCAUGCAGCAACGGGUCAAUCGAGCAGCCGAAAUUUCCCAACGAGUAGCAAUGACAACGACGACGACGUCCAAUGACAGCUUGACGGGAUUGUUGGAGCCUUUGACCAACGAGGAACUCACUAGUUUGAUUGUACAUUCUUGCCAAAUGGCGGGAGAAAUGGAACGGGCUGCCGACAUGGACGAAUCCACCUGUGUCCCACUGCGCCUAGCGGGAGUUGAUGCAGCGCUCUUGUGGAAUCGAGAGGAUCAAGGAAAAGCUGUUUUGAAACGAAUGCACACCAAUGUACGAGAGGAAGGAAAGACAUUGGCAGAUUUGAUGAUUAAGAAUGCCAAGCAAACGGAAGAUCGUUACAAGAAAUUCCUUGAGACGGACGACAACCGAAAUCAUCGAAAACGAUCUAGUAGACGCAACAAACCUGGUCGGAGACGGCUUCAGGAAUGCGAUGACGACUACCGCCCCAUGGAUGAUGAUGGAUUCCCAGAUGAUUACAUUGAUGAGGAUUAUGAAGGUGCAGCAGAAGACAGCCAAACGGAGGAUGAAGACGCCAACAACAAUGAGCAAAACCAGGAUGCUGAUAAUAGCGAAACCAAAUCGGCUGACCAAGAGAUUAUGGAAACUCUCAAGGAGUCUCUUUUCUCGCAACCCAGAGUAGCCUUUCUGCAAAGAGCCAAAGAGAUUUCUGAUGGCAUCGAAGCACUGCUCAAGGAGCAUCAAGACGAUAGCAGCAAUGAAGAGAAGGAAGCAGAGGAAAAUGCGGAAAAGGUUGUAGAAGAGAAAGAGCCGAUUGACAAAGAAGCGUACGAAACCGUGCAAUCCACUUUGGAAAGUCGAGUGGAAGCUAUCGAACGGGGUUAUGACUACGCUGUCUCGGCGCAAAUAUUAUUGAUGAAUGGUUUGGCUCAAUCUACUCAAGACCAGGAUCAGCUGCGGCAAGACCUACUGACUCUGGCUGUUGGAACACUGGUCUAUUCCAAACUGUCACUUGCUCACGUUUGGCAAAUUUUCCAGGCAAUCCUACCAGAGUUCAAUCAGAAUGCCGCAGACAAAAGCGAAAAGACGUGUUCCACAUCUCCCUGGGUUGCUUCUUGCCCCCCAAAUGCAGUGACCCGAGGCUCCAUCACACUGCCCCCUUCACCUGUACUCAAGGCAGCACAAAUCCUGUGUACAACCCCCACCUUCACCAAGGAGAAGGCAGAAGCAUGUGCUGCCGAUGCCGACAAUGCGUUGCCAACUGUCAUGCCAGAUGGAUACUACGGCUACGAUGCCGUCCACCCGAGAGAGGAGAACGAUAUGCUUCAAUCAAUCGCGGCUGAGUGGGAUCUUUCGAUUGAUGAUGCGUUGCAAAAGUCUCUCGAUGAUUUGGAUAAGAAGAAAUCUGAGCACGAGCGGGAAAAAAGGAAUACGGAAAAAACUCUUGAAGAUAUUGUGGAUGUUGUGGACGGCGUCAAGGAAUCCCGCUUUGGCCAAGAUGGUGAACUAUACGCCUUGAAAGAUCAAUGUCAUUCCGUCAAGGCUGGCAAAUACACGUACGAGGUUUGUCUCUUUGGGUCAGCUGCACAGAAAGAGGGUGACUCCGCGAGUGGGACUGGUCUGGGCUCUUGGGACAGCGCAAGCUACGACAAUGAAACUGGUAACCGCAUUUUGAAAUGGACCAAUGGUGUCAAGUGUUGGAAUGGACCACAACGAUCGGCCACUGCGAUUGUUACCUGUGGGGCGGAAACCAAGGUUCUGUCUGCGGAUGAGCCAGACACAUGUCGAUACGUCCUCCAAAUGGAGAGUCACAUUGCCUGUGAUGACGCUUUUAAGCAGCUCCACGAGCUCUAACUAGAAAGCUGAAGGUCCGGGUUGGCUCCUCUACAGUAAUUCCCUGAAUGAUAGAGAUUUCCGUUUUUGAAAGUGGGACUCAUUGCACAAACACCACAAUGUCUCU